UUGUGGACUAAGGGGCCCAGGCUUUGACUGACCAUUUGGUACUGUAAGAACUCGUUUAGUUUAAGGGUGUCUGUCGAGCCCUGCUGUCCUCCAUUAGCUCAGCGGCCCGAUUAUUAAUGCCUAUCUCGACUAGAACAAAUCUCUGCUCUAAUAUUUCAGAACCUUUCUAGUCCCCGUUUUCAUUAACCUUCCUUCAAAAUCUAUUUUUUUAUGUACUUGACCAUGUUUUUUGUCUCUCAUUUCCUUGUUUAAAUCCCAUAGCCAGUCCUGGUAGUUUUAGGGAGUCUGACAGGCCUGGAUUGGAACAUGUACUUCAGGAGCACUGCUCCAUGUUUGCUGCCGCUGCUGCAUUUUUGUCUGCUGGGGAGAGUGCUCGGGGGGAAAAGGCAGAGCCAAGGGUACCUGCCUGAGACUCUCAGAGCCUUGGACCUGCCUCUGGGGAGUGACGACGAGCCUCAGCUACAGAAGAAUAAAACCGGUGUCCUCAUUACCAAGCUUCUCUGGGCUGUCCAAUGCACAGAGAGGACUGGCAUCUCUCAGGACAUGUGUGAGAAGUGCCUGACACCAGAUGUAGUCUUCUCCGUGCUAGAGGAUGAUGGGAAGGCUUACCUCAGUGAGGAAGACUACCAGCAAAUCUCAACUGUUCUGCUGUACUACGUCAUUAAUUUGCAAGAUCUCUGUGUGUCAACCGCUGCCUCCCUUUCAUCCCUUUCAACCUCAACUGGGAACUUUCAGUUUUAUGUUCUAUCCCUCACCAACCUACAUCCAGCAGAGGACAAAAGCUUCCUGUCAUACAAUGAAGUAGAAAGUAUUCUGCAGCUCAUCAACAGGCACUAUCAGCCCUCCAACCAAGACACAUCUGAUUUGGAAUGUGUUGAUGCUGCUCAUCUCCUGGAAGAUGUUAAUCCUGAAGAUAAUCCAGGUGCUGGGGCCACUGCUGUACCAAGACUUGCAGCAUCAAUCAUCAGUCACAUCCUGCAGGGUCACUGUUUCAGAAAGAGGAACCUCCCAUCCCCUGACUUCUUUACAGACUACAUCUUUCAGUUGCUAAAUUGCACAAGUAACCUGCAGAUUAUCAACCUGGAAGAGUUGCUUCAUCAGUUGGGAGUAGGAGGCAAGAAAGUGAUACACCCUCAUGACAGGAAGAGGAGGAGCAUCACUGGAAUUUCACAGAAGCUGACCAUGCAUUCACUGGACAGCUGUAAUUAUGAAACCGAGGGUACUGGUAAAGAAUGGGCACAGGUCUGUUUUUCUGCCAAUGAGCUAGUGGAUAUUUUUGCUUUGGAUCCUCAUUUGCCCAUUUCCAGGGAGCACUUCAGACAAAUUUGCCCUGCCAUUAUUCAACAGUUGCUAGGCAAUGCCUGUGGGAUUGUAGAGCAAAAAACAAAAGAGUCUCUGCCGACUGCUUUGGAGAAGUAUGGCUACAGUACAGUCGCUGUUUUGCUCAUCACUGUGGGCUCCAUGUUCAGCAUCUGCCUCAUCUUCUUCAACUCCUGUCAGGAAACCUACACACUCAUCCUGCAGCUGUUUGUGGGCCUGGCAGUGGGAACCCUUUCAGGUGACGCUUUGCUGCACCUCAUACCACAGAUCCUUGGUCUCCAUGACAGCUCUCACACUCACGAUGACUUUGAGUAUUUGUGGAAAAUUCUGGGCCUGAUUGCUGGAAUUUACGGCUUUUUCCUUAUUGAAAGAAUAUUUUCCUUUUUAGUCCCAUCUCAUGGCCAUGGUCACUCCAGUGACCUUCCCUCAGAGUUGAACUGCAACAGCCGGUCACAACGGGGCAAGUCCAUCUCCACCAUACAGUUGGGACCAAUGGAUGACUUGGAGUGUACAGAAAUAUCUCCAGAACGUACAGACAUCAGGAGCUCUCCACAGCAGAGACAAGGGGUUCCUCUGCUGGCAUUGAUGGUAAUCGUGGGAGACAGUCUUCAUAAUUUUGCUGAUGGCCUGGUUAUUGGGGCGGCUUUCUCCUCUUCAGCUGAGACUGGCAUGGCGACCACUGUGGCCAUCUUGUGCCAUGAGAUCCCACAUGAGAUGGGGGACUUUGCAGUGUUGCUCAGCUCUGGACUCUCAGUGAAGAAUGCUGUGCUAAUGAAUUUUCUUAGUGCUCUGACAGCCUUCAUGGGCCUCUACAUCGGACUGUUUGUUUCAUCAGAGACUGAAGUGCAGGAAUGGAUCUUCUCUGUCACUGCUGGGAUAUUUCUCUAUUUGUCACUGGUAGAAAUGCUUCCAGAGAUGAGUCGAGUGAAAACCGACAGACCGUGUCUCAUGUUUCUCCUGCAGAAUCUUGGUCUCCUGAUGGGUUGGGCCUGUCUUUUGCUGCUUGCGCUCUUUGAACAUGAACUCAAAUUUUGAUUGCAACUCCUCACAUGCAGUGGAGCUGAAAAAAAGAUGUUGACUUCUUCUAAACUUCUCUUUGACUUUGUAAUGAUCAUCUCCUUCUCUUCCACAAGUGCAAGUGUUAGUUUGUGCAGAGAGUAUGUUUUAGUAAGUCAUUAUGCUUUGUGGGUGUUUUGUAAUGUUGUAAUCUCAGCCCUGAAGGUUCUUUAUGUUUCUGUGGUGUUAGAUGCUUCUUAUUUUUUUAUACUUGAUGAUUUAUUUUUGUAUGUUGGGUGCAAAGGCUGCCCGUAUCUGGAUAAAAUAUUUUGUUUGACCUGACCUCCUAUUUGCUUCUUUGGCAACAUCAAGUGAAGAUGUGCACAACUGUAUUUUGUAAAAUAUUCUUGUUGCAUCAGACAAUCACAUAAUUUGAUUUAAAAGUACUCCUUAUCAAUAUUGGAAAUCUUUUCUUUUAAACUAAAUUGUUUUGAAACAUAAGGAGAUGUUUACUGAUGUUGGACAUUUGUAUUUUGUAAUAUUUUUCCAAAAGGUCAAUGAAAUUUGGUACCAGUCAGACGUGAAAUGGAGGCUGUUAAAAGAGACGCUUUUGACAAAACUGAAUAAACAAAGUUUGAUUAGA